AUGGCAAAUAUUAAUGCUAAAUUUGAAACAAAAAUUGAUAAGUCAAAAGAGAUACAAAAAGAACCAUCUAUUAUUAGAUUGCUAAAAAACCAUGAUGUAGAAUCUAUAAAGUUUAAAAGAAUUUUCUAUAAAUUUGAAGAAGAUUUAGAUGUUCCUAAAUUUAAAAUGUGGGAUACAUGGGAAAAAAAUGAAUUACAAUUUUCAAUAUCAAAAUAUCCUAAAAACGCAUUUCAGGAAAUGAUUGAAUGGACUAAAGAAGGAAAAUUAUGGAAAUUUCCUAUAGAUAAUGAACAAGGGAUGGAAGAUGAAUAUAAUGUACAUUUCUCAAAGCAUGUAUUUUUGGAACAUCAUUUGGUACCAUGGUGUCCCUCUAAGGGUCCAAUACGACAUUUUAUGGAAUUAGUAUGUAUUGGACUUUCAAAAAAUCCAUAUAUGACAAUUGAAGAAAAAUAUGAUCAUAUAAUGUGGUAUAAAGAUUAUUUUAAAGAUAAACAAGAUUUAUUACAAAAAUUAGGUAUUGUAGAAUAAAGAAAAUAUUUGUAAAAAAUAUAUAAAAUGA